GUCUUACGUCUUUAUUCUUGUCCCAGUUGGUUAGCAGCAGUAAAGCUGAGAAAAACAGUCGCUUCUUUUACAACUUAUUCACCUGAAUUAAAGGACGAGCAUGGAGAUUGGGACAGAGAUCAGCAAGAAGAUUAGAGCUGCUAUCAAGGGCAAGCUCCAGGAGCUCGGUGCAUAUAUUGAUGAAGAGCUCCCUGACUAUAUAAUGGUGAUGGUGGCGAACAAGAAAACCUCCCAACAGAUGGCUGACGAUCUCUCUCUUUUCCUUGGAAACAACACUAGUAAAUUCACAGCAUGGCUACAGGGUGUCCUCGAGAAGUUGAGAUCAGUUGCAGUUGAGCCUGCAUCCCUCAGCAGACAUCAGCUCCAGUCUGACGGCGGCACUGUGGCUGGGAGGAGCCGGUCAUCUGUAAGUGACGACGGCAGAGCAGAGGAGUUGAAGGUGCUGAUGGUGUCCAGCUCACGCUCUGAUAGGACUGAAGCACGCGUGUCCAGUUCUGCGUAUGAGAGCAGGAGAAGCAGCUUGGAGAAGAAUAACUCCCGACUCACCUCCACCGUGAAGCCCCUCAUGGAGCCCCUCCCCUUAGAGGCUGUUAUUGACAUCAAACCAGAGAUGGACGAUGACCUCAUCGCUGAGGAUCCUGUAGAAAUAGGCACCAACCACGGUCGAACACGUGGCGCAGCCAGUCGACCCACAGCUGAAAUCUACAGACCGGGUCAGAGCAAAUUCACAUCAGUAAGCUCCGUGGACACAUGUCGACCAUCAGAUGGCUCCUCGCACUCCCGCCAGCAGGACAGCAGAAGCAGCAGGACCUCCAGACCUGGAUCCAACAAGCCGGAGGAGUUGUCACGGAAGCGUAAGGCGCCGGUAGCGAGCUCAGUGGUGCGAGUGAACCGAGCAGAGGAUGAGGACAGCGACGAAGUGGAAGAGGAGGAUGCGGCUUAUGGAGGCAGAGGCCUGUCCAGUAGAGUGUCCCUACCCUCCAAACCAGAGCGCAAGCCGACUCUCCCUCCAGCCAAGCAAGCCAACAGGAAUCUGAUACUGAAGGCCAUCUCUGAGGCUCAGGACUCAAUCACCAAAACUACAGCCUACCCCACAAUACCACAGAGGCAGACUGUCCCCGUUGCACCUCGCACUCGCAUCGCCAGCAAUGAAGAGAUGACUGCAGCCAUCCAGCUGGUCCAGGAACACCUCCACAGCCUGGCCCCCAGGGUUCAGGCCUACACCGCCACAGAGCUACCUCCCACCAGAGCACCUGCUCCAGUGAGAUCCUUAGCUUCACGCCUCCAGCUAGAACUAGCAGAGAGCAAUGACAGCGGAGAGCACAGUGACUAUGGUGCUGAAGUCGCUGCAGGCAGUGAGGCAAAGCCAUUCGACACCCGCUCCUUCAUCAUGAGUCGACCACAGCUGGAAGAAGCUACGGCCAGAAUCCAGCAGCGUCCUCCGGUCAAAGGGGAAGUCCAGUCUGCUUUACCACGCACUGUCCAGGCCAGUAAGGAGAGGGGCGACUCUGCCAGCCCCAAGUUCAUAGUGACGUUAGACGGGGUGCCGAGCCCGCUGGGGAAUCUUGACUGUGAGAUGGAGCUGGACGACGUGAGACCGCCCACAAAGGUCACCGAGGCGGCCAUCCUCACCAACAGGGAGCCCAAAGUCAGCGUCCUUCAAAGACUGCAGGGAGUUGUCCCAUCAUCAGAAGAGUGCUUCAGUGAAGGGUUGACAUUCUGUCCUCCUCUGACAGAUGAUGUGAUGGACUUUGAGAUGGCAGACGAGGAUGCCGUCCCUGUAAAGAAACAGAAGGUGCUGGAGCGCUGCAAGUUCUGGCCUGUCUGUAAAAUCGGAGAUGAGUGUUUGUACCAUCACCCUACAACACAGUGCAAGACUUUUCCCACUUGCAAGUUUGGGGAUAAAUGCCUUUUCGUGCAUCCUAAUUGUAAAUACGACGCCAGAUGCACCAAGCCAGACUGUCCCUUCACUCACGUCAGCCGGAGAAGCACAGCUGCUCCUCCGCCCCGGCCAGCAAUGCAGCCAGUGCAAACCCAAAACGUGUGCCGCUUCUUCCCAGAGUGCAAGAAGAUGGACUGUCCAUUCUAUCAUCCCAAGCCAUGUCGCUUCGCUGGACAGUGUAAACGAGCCGGAUGUACCUUCUACCACCCAACCACGACGGUGCCUCCGAGACAUGCCCUGAAGUGGACAAAAACACAGAGCAGCUAAUAAAGUCCAGGGUGUCUGGUGGUUUACAUGUGAUGCUGUGGGGGAUGAUCUCUAUCUGCGUCGACAGAUCUUCAUCCUUCUUUUCAUUCUGCAACUGUUGUUUCGUUUCAUUUUAAUGUAUUGUUUGGACUGGUUUUAACAGAAGUGUUUUGUAAGAUGAAGAGGCUUUUUGCUCAUGCUCUCAGAAUAUUAAAAUUCUCCACAAUGAACUUUAAA